GCUGCGAACAUAUCAACAUACUCUCAUAGUCCAAUGGUCUCCCAAGAUCCUAUUAACUAUUAAAUGAUCCGCAUCUUCUUAAGAAUCUAUAAUUCUUAGACUCUAAUAAAGUCUACGUUUUGAUCAUCAAAAUGAUGUAAUCUAUGUCGUCUGAUUUACAUACUUCACCCUUUCUUUCUUUCUUUCUUUGCAUAAAUACUAGUAGCUAGCUAGUUCAUCUUUUCAAAAUCAAAAUAACCAUCUUCUUCUUCUGGUUUGAUCCAUCUGCUCACAAUGCCGUUAAAAGUCCUUUCUGCCCUUGACUCUGCAAAAACGCAGCUCUACCAUUUCAAAGCCAUAAUCAUUGCUGGUAUGGGACUCUUCACUGACGCCUACGAUCUCUUUUGUAUCCCUCCAAUCAUGAAACUCCUUGGAAGGAUAUACUACGAGUACGAGCCCAAUGAAACCAAAUACGAAGUCCCCACAGUAGUCCUCUCUCUCAUGUUGUGUACAGCCCUUCUCGGCACGGCAAUUGGCCAGGUCUUUUUCGGUAGGAAAGGUGACUUAACAGGAAGACGCAGCGUUUACGGGCUAGCAUUGAUGCUGAUGGUGAUCAGCUCCUUAGGAUGUGGCUUCUCCGUAUGUAGGACCCGUAACUGUGUUUUGGUUAGUUUAGGAUUUUUUCGAUUCUUUUUAGGUCUAGGUAUCGGAGGCGACUAUCCGUUAUCGGCGACGAUCAUGUCGGAGUUUGCUAACAAGAGAACUCGGGGGUCUUUCAUAGCCGGCGUGUUUUCCAUGCAAGGGUUUGGAAUCUUGGCUAGCUCGACAGUUACGAUGGUGGUGUGUAAGGGAUUCUGGAACGCGUCGAAAAAUUUGACAAAAGAUCAUACGCCUGAGGAUGCUGACGUUACAUGGAGGUUGAUACUGAUGCUUGGAGCAAUUCCGGCUGCUCUCACAUAUUAUUGGCGGAUGAUGAUGCCUGAAACUGCAAGAUACACAGCUUUGGUGGAAAAUAAUGUCCUACAAGCUGCAAAGGACAUGGAGAAGGUAUUAGACGUUUCAAUGAGCCAAAUAGCAGAAGACGAGCCAUUGCCAGAAGAUCGACCAACCUAUCCCCUUCUCUCCUGGCAAUUCUUUCGUCGCCAUGGCCGCGAUCUCUUUUCUUGCUCUGUCAAUUGGUUUCUCCUGGAUAUUGUUUUCUAUAGUAGCAAUCUCUUCCAGUCUCAGAUUUACAUUCAGUCUCUGAAACUAAAAGACGAUACUGUCUACCAAGAAGCUUUCAAAAUUGCCAGGUUCCAAGCCAUUCUAGCAAUCUGCUCUACUAUUCCUGGGUAUUACUUCACUGUCUAUUUCAUUGAUCGAAUUGGAAGAAGAAAAAUUCAAAUGAUGGGCUUUCUGUUCAUGGGCAUAGUUUAUUUUGCAUUGGGGAUACCUUACCCUUAUUGGCGCCGGCAUACAAAUGCAGGUUUCUUCUUCUUGUACGGACUGACUUUCUUCUUUGCCAAUUUUGGACCAAACACGACCACAUUUAUAGUGCCAGCCGAGCUAUUUCCAGCAAGGUUUAGAUCAACGUGUCAUGGGAUUUCAGGAGCAAUGGGGAAAAUGGGCGCAUUAGCAGGGACUCUCGGAGUAUUGUUGGCUUCAAAAGAUAAAGAUGAUAAUGACUAUCCAGAAGCCGGAGCAAUGAGAGCUGCUUUGUUGGGUUUAGGCGUGGUUUGUCUCAUGGGGAUGUCUGUGACUUAUCUGUUCACUCCAGAAACCAUGGGAAAAUCAUUAGAGGAGAAUGAGAGCGACGAUAAUUAUCAAGACAAUCAGCUGGGGUUCUUUGGUUGUUUCAACGGUGGCAGGAGUCGCCUGACAAACUCAUCAGGAGUGAUGACUCUAUAGAAUAUUCUGAUAGGUUUUACAUAUGCUCUAGAGAAUAUUUACAUACUACUAGGUGCGCGACCAAGUUAUGGUGGUGAUAUUUACAAGUCUGUGUAAUAUUACGAGGAUUAUUUGCGUUUUUGUUUGUACCACGUUAUUAGAUUUGGGAUUGAUUUGUCUAUAUCUGAUCUGUGCCUUAUAUAUUGAUUGGUCACUAAAAAACGAUUGAAGUAGACAAAAAUUUAAAUUUUUUUGUUUUA